UUGGAAAUAAAAAUGUCUAUUUUAAAAGGAAUCAAGGUCCUCGAUUGCUCAAGGAUCUUCGCAGCCCCUGUCUGCUCAAUGAUGCUUGCGGAUAUGGGAGCAGAGGUCAUAAAAGUAGAAAACCCUAACCUUGGUGAUGAUACAAGGAGAUGGGGACCUCCCUUUCCUAAAGAAGGAGAUGACGCUUAUUAUUAUCUAUCCAUGAACAGAAAUAAGAGAUCUAUUACUCUUGAUCUUAAGAGGAAAGAAGCACAAGAAGUCAUAGGGAAAUUAAUUGGCAAAUCAGAUAUUUUUAUACAUAAUUUCUUGAACUUGAAAACUAAGAAUUUUGGAGUUGAUUACCCAACACUUUCAUCAAUAAAUCCUAGUCUGAUUUAUGCCUCAGUAUCUGGAUUCGGAGAUGAAGGUCCAAUGGCAGGCAAAGGUGCCAUGGACUUUACCGUGCAAGCUAUGUCUGGAAUUAUGUCUAUCACAGGAUCUCCAGAAGGAAGUCCCUUUAAAGUAGGAUAUGCAGUCACAGAUAUCCUAACUGGGCAGAUGCUUUACAGCUCAAUUCUAUCAGCACUUUAUGCAAGAGAAAAGGAUCCUUUAAAGAAAGGAAUGAAGUUGGAUUCUUCUCUAUUACACUCUGCACUCUUUAGUAUGUGUUAUGUGCCAUUUUCUUACCUAAAUUCAGGAUUCAAUUACAAAAGAUUAGGAAAUAACCAUCCGAACAUAGCUCCUUACAGUAGCUACAAAACUCAGGAUGGCCAUUACCUUGUGAUAGCUGCAGCUACAGAACAGCUAUUCAAAAAUUUCUGUGCUGGGCUGUCAAUAUCCGAUGAAGAAUACUCAAAAUGGAGUAGGAACAAGGUAAGAGCAGGCAACCCUGACGAAUUCAACGGUUUCCUUCAAUCAAAAAUAGAUAGAUUAUCUAAAGAAGAUCUUAUUCAGAUUCUUGAAAAACAUGGGAUUCCUUAUAGCGAAAUCAACAAUAUGGAAGGUGUCUUCAGUAACGAAGAUAUCAAAGGAAUUGGUCUCACUAAAAAAGUUUACAGUGAGAACUAUAAGCAAGAGCUUGAGUAUGUAAAACACCCCAUAAACAUGACUAAUACUCAUCACAAGUUUGCUGAUUUUACUGAACCUCCCAAGCUAGGCCAACACACAGAUGAAGUCCUUGCUGAACUCGGAUAUACAGAGAAUGAAAUUCAAAAUCUCAGAAAGGAAAAGAUAAUUUAACUUGAUUGUUA